ACCGACCCAACCAGCACGGCCAGCCAGUCAACGCCAACUCCUCGACGGAACGUGACGCAUAUUGAGACGUGCUGUGCUGUCGAAAGCCUCUGUUUCUCUGUGUGUGGAAGCCGGUUUUCCCAUUUGCACCAAAAAGCAGUUUGAUAUUUCCAGUGAAAAAAAAGCACACAAAAAAUAUUCUUUUCUCAUUAAAAGUUUGUGAGAAAGUGUUUUAAAAAGUGUAGUUUCUAUUUAAAAACACAAAAAAAAGAUAAAUUGUGUUUUUUCGAUAUAAAACGCACUAGUACUGGAAAAACCCGAUAUUAAAAUAGCAACAUCACACUGAAUUAAAAGUGAUCAGUGGUACUGUAUUUGAGUCGCGUUUGUUCGUGUGUGUGGUUCUGUGAGUGAUUAAAACAAAAAGUUUCCAAAACACAUCCUGGUGACAGCUCCUGGUGACCGUUAGCCAGUCGUCUCAUCAAAUCGUCGUUGCAGAGUUAAUCGUGCCAAAGCGAAAGCAACCACAAUCUUCACAGUGUGAUCACCCGGCACCUCAAGUGUGUUGACCAAUGACGAAAAGAAAAGCCGCAGCAAUGUUGCACAACAACAAUAACAACAAGGAUUCCAUAUCCAUGCCGUUCAACAGUGAGACGACGGAAAACAAUGGAAGCACGGCCAACACGCCCAGUGAGGAUGCGUAUGCCGGUUUAAUCAAAGAUGCGGACAAGUUCAAGCUGAUGCUACUGGCGUGGAACUACCAGAACUCGGCGGCAGGUAAAUCACAAAACGGAGGCGAAGGACCGGACCUGGCGACGAUGACGAACCUGUGGCAGCAGUACCAGAACGCGCUGGCGAUGACGGGCAAGACGAGCUUCAACCAACUGCCGGUAAGUGAGCGUCAAUCGUCCCCAAUCGAACAGCAGCAGGACGAGACGAACUCGUCCGAGCAGAAGGACGAGGACGAUCUGUCCGAGGACGACUCGGAGGAUCGGCUCGAGGCGACGGUGAACGAUCCGGAGCGGCUGAAAGCGUUCAACAUGUUCGUGCGGCUGUUCGUGGACGAAAACCUCGACCGUAUCAUACCGAUCUCGAAGCAGCCGAAGGAAAAGAUACAAGCGAUUAUCGACUCCUGCACGCGCCAGUUCCCGGAGUUUGCCGAGCGGGCCCGGAAGCGCAUCCGCACCUACCUGAAGUCGUGCCGGCGGAACAAGAAGACGCGCGAGGGCUGGGAGAACACGUCCCGCCCCACGCCGGCCCACCUCACGUCGGUGCAGGCGGAACAGAUACUGGCCGUGGCGUGCGAGAACGAGAGUCUCAAUGCGAAGCGCAUGCGCAUCGGGCUGGAGCCGAUCAGCCAGACGGUCAGUCAACCGGCGGCGGUAAGUUUUAUGACGUCGGCCGAAUCCCCGACGGCAGUGCCGACCAUGUACCAGACCCUAGCGAACCGCGAACAGGAAUCGACCUCCGUGUCCACGAUCAAAAGUGAACCGAUGACGAGCGUGCCGAAGAUAUCGCCCGUUCCCAGCACACCGACCCCGGACAUGAACCAGAUGAAGCUCAACAUACCCAGUGCGAGUGCCAGCUCGACGCCCACCAUCCCGACGACCGUACCGACCAUCUCGAACUUUCACGACUACAACACCGGCUUCUCGAACCGCUCCCAGCACUACCAGAACUUUAUGAACUCGGUCAACAACAGCAGUAGCACGAGCAGCGGUGCCACGACCAACACGACCAUGUCCGCUGCCGGCACCGGUGAGUUGUGGAGUCAGCUGAGCGACUCCGCCCCUACCGAUCUGUCGAUGAAGCGACCGAUACUGGCCCACAAGCUAAACAGUGCCGAGAUUACCGCGGUGAAGCAGCUCGUCACCGGCUACCGGGAGUCGGCCGCCUUCCUAAUGCGCAGUGCCGACGAGCUGGAAAACCUGCUGCUCCAGCAACAGUAAAUGCGGCGAGAGGAGGGGAAGAAAGAGGGGAAGAAAAAAACGUUGAUAUGUAUGUGUGUGUGUCUGUGUGUAUGUUACGGUGUGUUCCAGCACAAAUUGUAAAAAAACGAACAAAUUAAACGCAGAGCCUAGCGUGUAGGCACGCUAGAACGGAAACUUUUUAAGGAAUUUCAGGAAAAUAAAUGUGAACCAACAAAAAAAAAGGAAAAACAAAACGGAUUAACCAGUAAGGAGCAUUACAAAACAAAAGAAGGGAAAGUAGAAAACAGUGAACUACACAGAGAAACACAGGGUGAUAGAGAGGAAAAAGAGGAAAACAAAAGAUAGAGAGAAGGCAAGAAAAAGAUGAAAAUGAUGCAAGGAAGAAAUGGAGGUUUGAAAUUACAAACGAAAAGUGCAAAGUAGCAGAAAGACUAGCAGAACAGAACAAGACAGAGAAAGAGAUAGAGAGAGAAGCAACAAAGAGAGGAGAAAACAAAAAGAGACAAGAAAAAGAGAGGAACAAAUGUGUAUAAAUGUAAUGAACAACAAGGUAUAGCGCCACUACAAGUGCUACCAGUUA